UACAUGUCCUAAUUUAUGCAAAUGAGCUGCUUGUUGUGAUUCCAGGUGAGGAAGUCACUGCAGUGAAGGGAGCUUCUGAAACAGACUUUUUUUAAUCUGUGACUUUGAGAUCCAGCUUAUUGAAACCCAACCGUGUUCACUCAGGACUGUGCGGUCCCCUCUCACAGGAUUCAUUCAAAGCAACAAAACAUGUGGUCGCGCUGUGCACUAAAAGACAAGAAGCCAAGUUUGGAUGUCAAAUUCAGUCUGCCCGUCCUGUCCAACAACAAGAGCCUGGUCAGCGGCAGGCCAAAAUCUCAGGAGGUCAACCUGAUGAAGCUUGAAGAUGAAAUUGUCUGUAACCUAGGUGGAGGUAUUUCUUGGAUCCCUUCUGCCACUCGCAGCACCACAAGGCACAGAGAGGCCAGUCAGUGGCAGGCCCAGUUUUCUGAGAUUAUGUACCAGUUGGAAAGAGAAAUUACUGCUCAGGAGCAGCUGAAAGACGUCAUUGACAGCUUCCUCCAGAACAGGCAGUUGUACAGUCAGUUGAUGGGCGACUGUAUUACAGUCACUGACAGCCUGAGCUCAGGGAUCCCGAGGCAGGACCCCAUCUUCACUGCGCUGAGGAAAGAAGAGAGGCUGAUAAACGACAACAGAGAAGUUCUGCAGGUGCAGUUCUGCAUCCUGCUCAGCAAAAUAAGCUCUCUGAAGAAGAUCCACAGUCAGCUGGAGGAAGAUUUUCAUGCCAAGGGUGAAGCCACCAAGCUAACCAUGAAAUGCAUCACCCUUGAGCACAACACGCCAAGCUCCUGCAUGCCUGCUUGUCAGUAUAAGCCUCACCAUGUGAGCUAUGACAUGUGGCUGUCUCGCUGCAAAGACCUGAAGAUGACGGCCAACACCCUGAUGAAGGACUCUUCUUCCUUCAGGGGAUACCUGAAGUUUACUCUGGCCAAUAUAAAAAACAUGGAGGAGUGGCAUCGUCGCAGAACAGAUGACGAUCUGAGGAACAAAAUCCACGAACUGAACAAAAACCAGGACAUACUGCUCUUAGAGAGGAAGCGGAUCAGUGAUGAGAUUUAUCAUCAGACCAAAGAAAUACAGAAACUGUCGUGUCAGAUCAGGGGCUGUUACACCAAACUGCAUCAGGCCUCCAAAUGUCUGGACAUCCUCAACCAGAGACCUGGAUACGAGCUCUGCCGGGACCUCCCACACAUCAGCCUCACACUGGAGAAUUACGACCUGGUAAAAAUAGGAGCUGGGCUUCACUCAGUGCUGAAGCUCUCCCAUCGAGACCCGGAGCUCAAACACAAGCGCCUGAUGAUUGUUGAGGACAAACUGGCUAAAAACGCUCACAUCCUGGAGAUGGAGAAGAAGUGUCAGAUCCUACGUCAGACUUUCCCGCCUGCCCGCGACACCAUCGUGAUCCUCAGCAACAAGGACAGACUUGAUAAGAGCAUGGGCAGCUCCAGCUGUCAUGCAUACUUACAGUAGAGCGCAUUAGUGCUCUACUGCCACAUAUAUUACAUGUGUGAGGAAACUCACGUCGACUUGUUUGGAAUUAGUUUGUGCUUCAUUUUUUGUUUUCAGGAGGAAAU